ACCGGGGGUGGGGCUGGCGGCCAGGCUGGCGGCGGAGGCGCGGGGCCUGGUCCCGCUGGCACCAUGGCCAAGACUGUGGCCUAUUUCUACGACCCCGACGUGGGCAACUUCCACUACGGGGCUGGGCACCCUAUGAAGCCCCAUCGCUUGGCCUUGACCCAUAGUCUGGUCCUGCACUACGGUCUUUAUAAGAAGAUGAUCGUCUUCAAGCCGUACCAGGCCUCCCAGCAUGACAUGUGCCGCUUCCACUCUGAGGACUACAUUGACUUCCUGCAGAGAGUCAGUCCCACCAACAUGCAAGGCUUCACCAAGAGCCUGAAUGCCUUCAACGUGGGCGAUGACUGCCCAGUGUUUCCGGGGCUCUUUGAGUUCUGCUCCCGUUACACAGGCGCAUCUCUGCAAGGAGCAACGCAGCUGAACAACAAGAUCUGUGACAUUGCCAUUAACUGGGCUGGUGGCCUGCACCAUGCCAAGAAGUUUGAGGCUUCCGGCUUCUGCUACGUCAACGACAUUGUGAUCGGCAUCCUGGAGCUGCUCAAGUACCACCCCCGCGUGCUCUACAUUGACAUCGACAUCCACCACGGGGACGGGGUUCAGGAGGCCUUCUACCUCACCGACCGGGUCAUGACGGUGUCCUUCCACAAAUACGGGAACUACUUCUUCCCCGGCACAGGUGACAUGUACGAAGUCGGAGCCGAGAGCGGCCGCUACUACUGCCUCAAUGUGCCCCUGCGGGAUGGCAUCGAUGACCAGAGUUACAAGCACCUUUUCCAGCCAGUCAUCAACCAGGUGGUGGACUUCUACCAACCCACGUGCAUUGUGCUCCAGUGUGGAGCCGACUCCCUGGGCUGUGAUCGAUUGGGCUGCUUCAACCUCAGCAUUCGAGGUCACGGCGAGUGCGUCGAAUACGUCAAGAGCUUUAACAUCCCUCUGCUGGUGCUCGGGGGCGGCGGCUACACGGUCCGGAACGUCGCCCGCUGCUGGACGUAUGAGACAUCACUGCUGGUGGAAGAGGCCAUAAGCGAGGAGCUCCCCUAUAGUGAAUACUUCGAGUACUUUGCCCCGGACUUCACGCUCCAUCCAGACGUCAGCACCCGCAUUGAGAAUCAGAACUCACGCCAGUAUCUGGACCAGAUCCGCCAGACAAUCUUUGAAAACCUGAAGAUGCUGAACCACGCACCCAGCGUCCAGAUUCACGAUGUGCCCGCAGACCUCCUGACCUACGACAGGACUGACGAGGCCGACGCCGAGGAGAGGGGCCCCGAGGAGAAUUACAGCAGGCCGGAGGCGCCCAAUGAGUUCUAUGACGGAGACCAUGACAAUGACAAGGAAAGCGACGUGGAGAUUUAAGACUGACUGGGCUUGCCGUGUCCCCAGGAGUUCCUUUUUUCCUCUUAGUUGGGUGGGGGGGAAAAGGUGUGACUCCCCUACCCCUGGUCUGGUUACUUUAGGGCUGUUACCAACACCGGGGGAGGCUUUGGAGACCACCUCUGGUUCUUGAACCAGCUGUUCCCUUUCGUCUCCCUCCCAAGGCUAGACCACGGUACCUGUUAGGGAUCGGAUGGGGAUAAGGAGCGAUGUCUCUAGGACCUCUCAGGCCGUGGACCCUAGAGGCCAGUCCCAGCCCUUCUGGCUUCCUCAUUCCUUCUCUACUUCCCUCCAACCCAGAGACUUUGGGGAUGAAGGAAUAGGCAGCAGUACGGUUGCUUCUGACGUCCACCUCCCCUGGCUUCUCCUAAUGCAAGCCUUGCUUCCAGGUGAAGAGUAAGGGAUUUUAGGGGGCCCUGGCCUCCUAAUACUUUAACCCAGAUGAUGGGAAGUGUGACUUGGAAAGGGGGGAGGAUGUGAAAAUGUCCUGCUCUAACUUUUGGCUUUAUGUCCAUUUUACCACUGUUUUUAUCCAAUAAACCGAGUUGGUAUUUUUUGUA